AUUAGGGUUUCCCUAAUCAAAUCAUAUCCCCAAAAUUAAACCCUAAAAUUCAUCAAUUCAUCAAAUAUAAGGUACGUAUUUAACUUCAAUUUCACAUUCUAUAUAUAUAUAUAUAUACAUACUUUGAUCAUACAAUUUAGGUUAUUCAAUUUUAUUCAUUUUUGAUCCGAUUAGUUUCCGAUUCAAUUACAUAUCCAGAUCCGUUUACGAGAUUUAGUUACUGUAAUUUGAUCCUUUUUUUGGAUUUAAGUUAUUAUUGUUGUUAUUUUGAUAGUAGAAUUUGGUAAUUUUAGGAUAUGGAAUUAGGAAAUGAGUGUUUAGAUGAUAUCGAAAAGAGCGGUGAGAGUGUGAGUGAUGUGAAAAAUAAUGGAAAUCAUGAAGUUGAAAAUAUUGAUAGGAAGGUAUUGGAUGGUGAUGAAGAGAGUGUAAAAAAGGCGGUGAAAACAAAAGGGAGAGGUUUAAAGAAAUGGAGAAGGAUUCGUAGGGCGGAACCGGGUAAGGAAACGAGUAAUAGUGUAGACGAUAGUAAUAGGAAAAGAGGUAUGAGUGUUUUUCCUACUGGAAUGAAACAGAGGAGUGACGGAGGAGGGUCUAGUUCGUCGACCAAUGCUGUGUCGAAUGUCGUUGUGAAUGGUUUGGAUCGUGUAGGUUUAGGUCAGGGAUUUGAUAUUGCGUCUAGGGCGGAUUCUGAAAACAGUAGGUCUUCGACGGGAGCUAGUGCUCCUCCGAGGAUGAAUCAUGAGUUGCCUAUGUUGGGACAAGGAAUUGAUAGGAAUGUGAGGAAUGUUGGUGGGAUGGGAUAUGGUAUUUCGGUGAAAGGUGAUGGACGCGAGAAAGGGUUGAAAAAGGCUAAAGGGGUUAGGAUUAAGAAGGAGAAUUCGAUUUCUAGUAUGGAGUCUGAUUCUAGAAGCAACAAUUUUGUGUUUAUGCAGGGUGCUAGCUCUAUGACGAGCAAUGGUAGGCGGAAUGGGAGGUCGGGGAAUUAUGAGGAAGAUGAUAGUGAUGAUGGUCGUAAUGGUGAUGGAUGUUUAAAUGAGGGAGGAGGAAUUACGUUUAGUAAAAAUGAGGGUGAUUUUGAAGAUGUUUUCCAAAAUUUAGCGGGUCAGAUAUCUUGGGGGGUUAAUGGUGACAAGGCUGAUGGUCAUGUGGGGUCAGAGAUUCGGAAUACUCUGUUGGAAUCGAUUAUGCCACUCCAGCUGGCUCAAGAAGCACUUGAGAGAGAAGUCCAGAAAUUAAGGGAUGUUGGUCAAGAGUCUACACUAUCCUCUGAUAAUUCAGUUCAACCAUCAGGAUCUACUUUUGUCGAUGAAGAGUGGCAAUUUAGUAACAGCAAUCAGGUUGCUUUACAGAGCAAACUUGAGGAGGCCCUUGCUAUGCUUAAGCUCAAGGAUACCAAGAUUUCUAAGCUUGAAUCCGCCUUGAAUGCCGAAGACAUAAAAAGCAAGCAUGAGGAACUCUUGACACAAAGAAUUUCUGCCGAAUUGGAAUAUCUAGUCAUAGUGAAUACAAUUCAAAACAUCAAGGCGGAGGAUUCUAUAAAUCUAGUCAAAUGUACCAUACAACAAACGAACGUCCCAGCAGUAGAGCCAGUUCAACUUGAUGAUGCAUGUAUACAAGAAGAUGCUAAGAACCUGGAAAAUAGGGUAUCCGAUUAUGCAUAUUAUUUUACACUCCAGUUGGUUUUACUUCUUGUAGUCUUGUAUCUAUUUGUCUUGAAGUUUUCUAACCAAACUGUGGAGAUUAUACCUACUUAGUUCAAUCCGCUACCCAUUUUUGUAUUAUUAUUAUUCGUUUUCCACUUGUUUAGAUAUAUAUUUUUUUGAUACCAA